CUUUACUGGCUGCAGUGGCCUUGGUGGCACCCUCCCUAGGUGGUCAGCUCAGGGCUUCCCUGACCAUGCAGUUUCUUGCUAUCACUGCUCAAACUACCUAUUGUCCCAUCUUUGGGACCUACACAGUCCCUCCCUUCAAGUUCCAGCCUCGCAAUAGGAACAUGGACUGGAGGCGCAUGAGUGUCCUGGAUGUGGACCGUGUGGCACGGGAGCUGGAUGUGACCACCCUGCAGGAGAACCUCACUGACAUCACCUUCUGCACCUUGGACCAGGAGCGAUGCAGCCACUGUUGGGAGCCUUUGGACCAGGCACUGCUCAAUGUGCUGCGCCUAGCGCAGCUCAUCAUCGAGUACCUGCUGCACUGCCAGAACUGCCUGACUACCAGAAUUUCCCAGCUGGAGGUGCGCCUGCAAGCCAGCCUGAGCCAGCAGGAGCGUGGUCAGCAGGAGCUGGGCUGCCAGGCCGAAGAGCUCAGGGGUGUGCGAGAGGAAAGCCACCGGCGUCGCAAGAUGAUCAAAGACUUGCAGCAGCUGCUCCAACGGUCAGGUGGCCAGAGCUACUAUAUGUGCCAUCUGUGUGAGAAGACAUUCAUGAGUGCCUCCUUUCUCUGGAACCACCUUCAACGCAAGCAUGAGAGCGAGGCGAAAGAUGAAAAAAAGAAGCCAGAACAGUCUAUGGAGGAGGUGGUAAAAGACCUGCGGGCCCAGCUUACAUCAACUCAGGAGGAGCUGGCAGCCCUCCUGGAGAAGCAGCAGCAGCUGCAGGAAGAAAAGACCACCUGCAAAAGGGGAAAGGAUGUUAAAACAAUGUUUGAGGAGUGGAAAGAAAAACUAUCUGAGGAAAUAGACCAACAAAAAAAACUGUUUUGGGAUGAGUUGAAAAGUUCUAUCUACAAUAACUCUGCAUUAGAAGAGAAACCAACAGCCCUGCAGUCCCAGAGUGCGGUGGGCUCUGCCCUUAGGUCUCCUCAGGAUGGGGAGUGCAGGGACCAGCUCAGGCAGACGGAGGAGCUCCGGGCCCUGGCAGUUCUCAAGAAGAUGAAAAUUCAGCUACAGGAAGAGAAUAAGAAGCUGCAGAGGCAAAAUGAGAAGCUGCAGACGGAAAAUAAGAAGCUGCAGAAGGAAAGUAAGAAGCUACAGAAGGCAAGUAAGAAGCUACAGAAGGAGAAUGAGAAGCUGCAUGACGUCCUUUGUCAACUACAUGUAACGGCUUCCCAAUCCCAGCAGCACAUUAUGUCCCUCAGCACCCAGAUGCAACAACAAGCCAGGAUCAUUACCUCACAGACGGAGAUGACCCAGACCUCAUCCCGCAGGAAGGUGAAGGAAUCAUCCGGCAAGUUAAAAUGCGGAGCGCUUCCCCAGACUUACAGAAUCCACCGCUCUGGAGAGGAGGUGGAGGUGGGGAAUGGAGCCAAUUUGCACAGCGAUGGGCUGAGGGUAUCAGGAGGGGCCAGUUUUAGGCAGCAGCUGGCAGCAGACAGGGCCUGGAAUCCGGGACCAGAACAGAAUCAGGGAAUGAGCUACUGCCAGGACUCAAGUGCCAGACAAAAGUUUGCAGCCCUGAGUCAUGCUGCGAGCAGGACUGAGACCAGCUCCUGGAGGUCCAGACUGGAAGGGAGGAAGAAUCCUGACUCUGGAGCCAGAGGAAUCCCAAGACGAACCGCCCAAGGUGCUGAAAGCUCAGAGGCAACGAACCGCUUUGCAGAAGAUGGCCGGGCAAACCCUGGGGACCACCUCGCGCGAGAGAGGGGGAAGCACGGGGACGAAUAG